AGACAAAUUUCGCUACGUGCCCUCCCACUCCUCGGCGCCUGCGCGGUUUGGAGGACUUCGAUGCGACAUCCGGUGACGUACAUCAUGGCGGCGUUUGGCGAAGGCUGGGACAGGUGAAGGAACAGCCGCCUCUGGUCGCCCACCUUCCAUGCAGCCAUGUCGGGGGCCGGCAACAAGCGUGCAGCUGGGGAUGGGGGCUCGGGCCCCUCAGAGAAGAAGCAGAAUCGAGAGGAGAAGACCACGACCACCCUUAUCGAGCCCAUCCGCCUGGGAGGCAUCUCCUCCACGGAGGAGAUGGACCUAAAGGUGUUACAGUUCAAGAACAAAAAGUUGGCUGAGCGACUGGAACAGCGGCAGGCCUGUGAAGAUGAAUUAAGGGAGCGCAUUGAGAAGCUGGAGAAGCGACAGGCCACAGAUGAUGCUACGUUGCUCAUUGUCAACCGAUACUGGGCCCAGCUGGAUGAAACUGUAGAGGUCCUCCUCCGACGACAUGAGGGACGAGGAGAAUUACUAUCUAGGACGGAGGAUCCAGGAGCCCAUGAUGGCACUGAAUCCGAUGGGAUUCCUCUGCCUGAACCAGGAAGUACAGAGAGAAGAGAUCUGACCCCACUGCAGCUUGGGCCCUCGCUGAGCGAGCCGGCUCUAGCUUUUGUGGCAGCCCUGGGGGCCAGCAGUAGUGAGGAGGUGGAACUCCAGCUCCAAGGCCGAAUGGAGUUCUCUAAGGCUGCAGUAUCCAGGGUAGUGGAGGCCUCAGACCGACUGCGUCGGCGAGUGGAAGAGCUGUGUCAUCGAGUCCAGAGCAGAGGAGAAUGUGAGUCCCUCGGAGAAGGAGUCAGGACUUUAACCAGGGAGCUGGGGCAGGACAACAGGCGGCUACAAGACUUGACCACGCAACUGCAGGAAAAGCACCACCGCAUCUCUCUGGAAUACUCAGAACUCCAAGACAAGGUGACAUCCGCUGAGACCAAGGUGCUGGAGAUGGAGACUUCAGUGGAGGAUCUUCAGUGGGACAUUGAGAAACUACGCAAACGGGAGCAAAAACUCAAUAAGCACCUCGCUGAGGCUCUGGAGCAGCUUAACUCGGGCUACUAUGUAUCAGGGAGCUCCGGGAGUUUCCAAGGGGGCCAAAUCACACUCAGUAUGCAAAAGUUUGAGAUGUUGAAUGCUGAGCUAGAAGAGAACCAAGAGUUGGCCAAUAGCCGCAUGGCAGAAUUAGAAAAGCUUCAGGCAGAGCUACAGGGUGCCGUGCGGAGCAAUGAACGGCUCAAGGUAGCCCUUCGAAGCCUUCCCGAAGAAGUGGUAAGAGAGACUGGUGAGUACCGACUGCUCCAGGCUCAGUUCUCACUGCUCUACAAUGAAUCCUUACAAGUGAAGACCCAGCUAGAUGAGGCACGGGGGCUACUUCUGGCUACCAAGAAUUCCCAUCUGAGACACAUUGAGCACAUGGAGAGUGAUGAGCUGAGCCUGCAAAAGAAGCUUCGAACUGAAGUCAUUCAGCUAGAGGACACAUUAGCCCAGGUCCGAAAAGAGUACGAGAUGCUGCGAAUCGAAUUUGAACAGAACCUAGCAGCCAACGAGCAGGCAGGGCCCAUUAACCGGGAGAUGCGCCACCUGAUCAGCAGCCUGCAGAACCACAACCACCAGCUGAAGGGUGAUGCACAGCGUUACAAGAGGAAGCUGAGGGAGGUGCAGGCAGAGAUCGGCAAGCUCCGGGCACAGACUGUCGGCUCAGGCCCUUCCGCCCCAUCCCAAAAUGCCUCUGAGGAUCAGGGAUCAGGAGGGGGAACACUGGCCCCACUGAAAGAAGAGGAGAGUUCUGGGUCAGGGCUGGCUGCUCUCCAGGAAGUCAAAAAAGAGUCAGUCUCGACCCCAGUGACCCCCACAGCUUCCUCAGCCAGCAUGGUCAAGAAAGAAGAGCCCCCUUCUGAAGAGGAGGUGCCUCUUACCCAGGCCCAAGCCCAACACCCCACACCCCAAACCCCUGCUUCCAGGAGUCGGGAGGCUGAGCCUCGAGGAAAACGAGAGCCCCGGGACCGGGAAGGGCCAGCGUCUGGGACCCCAACGUCCUCUUCGUCGUCUUCCUCUUCCUCAAGGGGAGAUCGAGAUAAGGCCAAGGCUGAGGAGAGCAAGAGGAAAGAAUCAGAAUUACUCAAGGGACUUCGAGGGGAGCUCAAGAAGGCCCAAGAAAGUCAGAAGGAGAUGAAACUGCUGCUGGACAUGUACAAGUCUGCCCCCAAGGAGCAGCGGGACAAGGUGCAGCUCAUGGCUGCAGAGCGAAAGGCCAAGGCUGAGGUAGAUGAGCUUCGGGGCCGGAUCCGGGACUUGGAGGAAAAGGAAAGGAAAGAGAGUAAGAAGUUGGCAGAUGAGGAUGCUCUACGAAGGAUCCGGUUGGCAGAGGAACAGAUUGAACACCUGCAGCGCAAACUCGGGGCCACCAAGCAGGAGGAGGAGGCACUGCUCUCCGAGAUGGAUGUGACUGGGCAGGCAUUUGAGGAUAUGCAGGAGCAGAAUGGUCGCCUUAUACAGCAGCUGCGGGAAAAGGAUGAUGCCAACUUCAAGCUGAUGUCCGAGAGAAUCAAGUCCAACCAGAUCCACAAGCUGCUCCGGGAAGAGAAGGAUGAGCUGGGGGAGCAAGUCCUGGGCCUCAAGUCUCAGGUGGAUGCUCAGCUUUUGGUGGUGCAGAAGCUAGAGGAGAAGGAACGAGUUCUUCAGGGCAGCCUGGGGAGUGUGGAGAAGGAGCUAACCCUGCGGAGCCAAGCCCUGGAGCUCAAUAAGAGGAAGGCAGUGGAAGCAGCCCAGCUGGCUGAGGACCUCAAGGUGCAGCUGGAACACGUGCAGAGCCGGCUUCGGGAAAUCCAGCCCUGCCUGGCCGAGAGCCGAGCAGCCCGAGAGAAGGAGAGCUUCAACCUCAAGAGGGCCCAAGAGGACAUUUCUCGACUUCGGAGAAAGCUGGAGAAACAAAAGAAGGUAGAGGUCUAUGCUGAUGCUGAUGAGAUUCUGCAGGAGGAAAUAAAGGAGUACAAGGCCCGGUUGACCUGCCCCUGCUGUAACACCCGGAAGAAAGAUGCUGUCCUCACCAAGUGCUUUCAUGUCUUCUGCUUUGAGUGUGUGCGGGGCCGCUAUGAGGCCCGGCAGAGAAAAUGCCCAAAGUGUAAUGCUGCUUUUGGGGCUCAUGACUUCCACCGUGUCUAUAUUAGCUGAGGCAACCUGCAUCCAGAUUCCCCAACUUCUACAAUCUGUUGGUUGAGCUACAAGGUUGGAAGACCAACGCCUGCAUGGUUUCCAUGGUGCUGUUAACUGGGCCUAGACCUCAGGAGUCAUGCCUCCAAGUCUCUCUUCCUUUCUGCUUUGGACCUUAGCCAUCCAGCCUGCCAACACUUCACCCAUUUGGCAUGUGUGAGUUUAUCCAGCCACACCCUCAGAUCUUGAUUUUUCUGGAACAGAAGCCAGGCAUCCUGACCCCCCACAACUCACCUCCAAGAUUGAACUCUCCUGGGGAAAGCCCCCUCUGCUCUGGGCCAUCACAGGAAGUGGCUCACUUUGGGAAAGGUUGCCUGUCUCCAUUUGGCCUUAUCUGGACCCAGACUGGCAGGGGAAGGUGAUUCUGGUGAUUCUGUCGUCUGGCCUGUCUGAGCUUAGCGUGAAUGUGCCCCUCUGAAGGCUGAUUUGGGGGAGGAGAGUUAUUUUAUGCCACAUUAAUCUCACUCCACAGGGAAAGCGCUCUCUGAUUCUGAUCUGUAGCCAGGCCUCAUCCAUAGUUUUGGUGUUUGAGGUUUUUUUCCCCUUCUUCCUCCAUCUCCUUUCCUUUUGUUGCUUCACUUCAAAAGCUCUCUGGCAUUCAUCUCCUUGGGGCUGUGCCUCCUUAUUGAUCAGCCUGGCUUCUAGGAAAUUUCCUUUAGCCUAACAGGAUGCAUCAAGGGGCAUUACAACCUCAGUCUCAUUCCCAGCAUGAGAUUUCCCAUAUUGACCAGGUCCUCCCCAAGGAGCCCCGCAAAGUACUUGUUGUUGCAUCUGGAUCGGGGCGGCCCCAGGGGGUGCAUUCUCUGCUGCUGGGGAGGCUGGGCAGGGCACCAAGGGGAGUCAUCUUAGUAGAGCUGGGAGGAAAGUCUUUCCCAUGUUAGGUGACCCAUGAAGGCGCUUCUCCUCCCCCCCCCCCCUUCCCCCUUCUUGCUCUUCCUCUCUUUUCUCUGUAAGCAGCUGCCAAAUCCUUCUCAGCCUGGUACGCUUGGGACUUUCCACUCUGGGGCCUGUAUUACUGGAUGAGGCUGGGACUACAUCCUCAGGUCAGAAGGAUCUCUCAGAAUGAUAGUGAGGGUCUGGGGGAUCUGAACUGAAACUGCCCUCCUGGCAAAACCUUUGCUCCCUUUAAUGACAAGGGUCAGGUAUCCCACUGCUCAGCAUUUUCCAGAAACCCUGUGCCCAGGAGCUUUGGCCACCUAGAUCCCAUUUCUCUCUCCUUCAAAAGUUCUAGCCUUCAGCUCCAACCUUCCUGGUUGUUGUGCAAAUCUGGAAGUCCUAUCUGCUAGAGAUGGAACCGAGUCUUCAGAGCUGGAAGACCUUAGGUUAGUUGGCCCCUUGGGCUUUCCCUGAGCCCCUUUGUCUCAGAGCCCCAGCUACCCCAGCUCCGUCUUCCAUCUGAUGAUCAUAAAUGGAGCAGGGAGUAGUUCUCAGAGGAAAGAGAGGAAGAGGUCAUUAGAGAAGUUUAGAGAAAAGUGUGGUGUAAGACCACACCACAGCUGAAGAGAGAUUCCAGUAACAAAUCCUCACAUCUGAGUCCAUCUAAUUAUUCUUCCUCAUGUCCAGCUUCCAUCCUCAUCCCUCUCUCUGCAUCUCUCCCCCCAACAUCAUAUCUCAUGGCCUCAUUACCAAGGAGCGGCAAGAUUCAUUUUUUGAGUUCCUGUAUGCUUGGACCCAGAUGUCCUGUGUGUUAGACAAGAUUUCUUGUAUGGCUGAUAUUGUUGUGAAGAAUAAAGAUUAAAACUUUCCCUGAA